AUGUCUGCCGCGCUCGACGUUGACAAUGUGGCUCCAACAAGCACCGAGGUUGCAAUAAGCAAGCAACCCAAGCAGUCCCCCUGGCUGAGGUUCAGAAGUUUUAUAUGGGACAGUGACACCCAUCUCAAGUUCCCCGCCGAAAGACGACUAUUAUGGAAGUUAGACACGGCGAUGCUCUCAUGUCUAUGUCUAGGUUUUUUCUGUAAAUAUCUUGACCAAAAUAAUCUCAACAAUGCCUAUGUCAGUGGAUUGAAAGAAGAGCUCGGGUGGAACGGCAAUCAACUUACCUAUGCAACGUCGUUGUAUACCGCCGCUAAUGCCCUUAUGCAAAUACCAUCGACUUUGAUCGUGCAAAAAGUCCGCCCUUCCUUAUGGCUCGGUGGAUGUGAAGUAGCUUGGGCAGCUUUCACAUUCGCACAAGCAGGUGCUAAAAACGCGAGUACAAUGUAUGGACUUCGAUUCUUAAUCGGUAUCUUCGAAAGUGCUUUCUUCCCCGUUGACCUUUAUCUUCUGUGA